CCGAACUUUGACGCUAAGUUCACGGAGAAAAACAGCUGUUGUUGAGAGACGGAGAGACAACUGGUUAAAAUGCCAUCUCGCAAGAGAAGAGUGGUUUCCUGUGAAUCUCAAGUCAAGAGAAGAAAACUGGAGCAAAAGGCUGUUGUUGAUUUGCAGCCCAAGAGAAAUGUUAUGGCCUCUGUGAAAUCGACUAAGCUUCAGAGAGGGGCUGCUACUCAGAAGAGGGUUGUGGUGGCUCCCCGGGCCAAGAAAAAGCCUCCAGCACCACCGAAAGAUGCAAAGAAACCAACAAAACCCAGUCGCCACUCUGCCAGAAUGAAAGUUGCCCAGAAAGCAGCAAACCAGUGCACGUCAAAACCAGCUUUCUCUACAGCGAAGGGGGAGCACACCGAUGCUCCAAGAUCCUGUCUACGCAAAAGAGCAGUGCCAUCAAGACCAGCUCUGAAAAAAGCGGUCUCGACUCAGCUGCCUGAUAAUACAAACACCUCAUUAAGGAAAACACAGGACACCCGCGUCAGGAAGACUACAGGGAGGGUCCCCUCCGGUUCAGUGUCAUCAAGGGGCAGCGAUGAGGACACCUCUUCUAGGAUGCUCCAUAACAGAAAGGCCCCUUCCAGUGGGCUCAGAGCCAAAAAACAAGUCCGAGAAAACAUUGAAUCCCCAACUGAAAUGAAUAAAACUCAGGAUGGUCUCAUCUAUGUGGAGAAGCUCAUAAGUCUUGACUCAAUCCAGGCAGAUCACAAUUAUGGUAGACUUAGAGAGUCCCCAAGCUGUAAUGUCCAUAUGAAAAGCAAGAAAGGACCUAAGCGCCAAGGUACUGUGAAAUCAAAACACGAAGAUGCCUUGAGCAGAAAAAGGAGCAAAAUUACCCCGGAAGAGCAGGGAAACAUCUUGUCUGAUCCCCAGGACAAAGGUAAUGCUUGCCGAGAGGCUAGACAGAGUGUAAAAGGAAACUCCUCUCCACCCAUGGAAGCACUUUUCAAAGUAAUUAAGGAGUCAAAUCUUUAUGGACCAACCUUAAUUGGAAAAGGUGAUUCAAGUGUAUCAGAAAUGCAGGGAGUUAACAAGCAUUUUAGCCCUGGCAUUUUAGAGAACUUGAAAAAGGACACAAAAAGCUGUGGUGAAAUGGAGGAUCUUCAGAGCACACCGGAUCCACAGACAGCACUAACAGAGGAACAUGUACACAUGGGAGACAGUGCUUUGAGUGUAGAAAUUGUAGAAACAGAAUUUUAUAAUCCACUUAUCCAAAACGAAUGUGAUUUAAUUGCACAUGGUGAGUCAGAUGACAAAAGCGACCUGAAAUUAAAAGUGCUGGAGGGUGAGCCUAAAGUGAACACGAAAAUUUACAACCAGCCAUACAUAGAUGUAUACACACAGAAGGGCCAAACUCACACACUGCCACAGGAGAUCACAAGUGUGUCUGUUAAAACCAACAUGUUUGACCUUGUGAAGGCGGAAACCAAGCCAAAGACUGAUGAUAGCCUAGUUCCUCCCAAGAAGCAGGAGAUGAACCCUCAAGCCAGGACCAAGGCUCGUUUGGCUGCACUAGCUGAAGAAAAGGCGGCAGCAGCCAAGAAGGCAGCUGUCAAGCAGCUAAACCUUCUAGCCCUGUGUGAAGAGAUUGCGGAGGACAUCGCCUCAGACACUGUAGAGUUGAAGGGAGAAGAGCUGGAUAUAGAGGCAGCCAAUUUAAGCAAUCAGAAGGCUCCACAGCCCGAAUCCGAGGAGGACAGCAUCCCAGCACCUUCAGUUCUUGAUGAGCCCGGUUCAUUAGAUCAUCCUGUGAAUGCCCAAACAGUGGAUAUGGUCAAAGCCGAGGAGCCAAAGAAGCGAUUCUUUCUGAGCCAAAUCUCGGUGCCUUUGAAAUCCAAUGAGAAGAAAAAGCUGUCGCGCUUCCAGAGGCUGCGCCAGACAGAGCUAGAGCGAGAAAAACUAACAUGGACCCGGGUGAAGAAGUUUAAGACUGACCAGGCUAAUCAGAGGCUUUCCACAGAUGGAGAGCUGGGGCUUAAAGUCAGCCUUGAUCCCACUCCCUCGAGUCCAACUCCAUCGCCAGCCACAGCCUCCAGAAAUGAGACCAAGAAAACAGGAAGCGAAAACAAAAAGCCACUGCCAGAUUUUGCACCACCUAUGCCAAAUGGAAUCACCGUUCAGAAGCCGAGGCCUGUGGUGGAGUACAAACCCUAUGCCCCCAGACCCAAGUACUCACCUGAUGACUUUGAACUAGAUGGAGUUGAUGAUGAACCAAAACCAAUCCUUGUGAAACCCAUGGUUGAGAAAACAGAUGUUCUGCCUAGUCCUAAACAUGUUAAAGAUGAGGGUUGCACGGAAUCAGUCUGCUCCUCCCCUGCCACAAGAGUGCCUCCUAUAGUGACACCGGACAAGCAGUCAUGCUACCAGAAGGCUGAUUCCAGCAUGAAGCUGUCAGCCCAGGCAGAGCCUGAAAAUACGGCACCACAAGAAAACGCGUCUUCUCAGCCUCUCUCUGGCUGCAGCAGCAGCCCAGGCUCUGACACCCGUGUGCACAAAGAAGUCAGGAGGUUCAAGGAUGCAGACAAAGGGGCACAGCAAACAACUAUGGACGCGGGUCAGAAGCACUUUGGCGCUGUGACCUGUAGUGUUUGUGGGAUGUUGUACUCUGCUGCCAAUCCCGAGGAUGAGUCCCAGCACUUGCUGUUCCACAACCAGUUCAUCAGUGCCGUCAGAUAUGUGGGGUGGAAGAAAGAAAGGAUUCUGGGCGAGUAUCCAGAUGGCAAGAUCAUCUUGGUUCUUCCAGAUGACCCCAAAUAUGCACUAAAGAAGGUGGAGGAGAUCCGGGAGAUGGUCGAUAAUGACCUGGGUUUCCAGCAGGCGGAAACCAAGUGUCCUUCUCAGACUAAGACCUUCCUCUUUAUCUCCAGUGACAAGAAGGUUGCUGGGUGCCUCAUUGCAGAACACAUUCAAGAGGGCUUCAGGGUGAUUGAGGAGGCCACGCCUGAGGGCUCGGAGGGGGAGAAGGUGAUGUUUGAGCGGCAGAGGGCCUGGUGCUGCUCCACCACGCCGGAGCCAGCGCUCUGUGGCAUCAGUCGCAUCUGGGUCUUCAGCAUGAUGCGGAGGAGGGGCAUUGCCUCGCGCAUGAUCGAGUGCCUCAGGAACAACUUUAUCUAUGGAUCGCAUCUAAGCAAAGAGGAGAUUGCCUUCUCUGACCCAACACCCGACGGCAAGCUCUUCGCCACACAUUAUUGUGGCACCUCCCAGUUCCUGGUCUACAACUUUGUUAGCGGGACCCGGUCGGCUGGACCCAGCCAGAUGUGAUUGGAACAUCUUAGACAUACCACUGGCUGAUUGGAAGAUAUGUUUUUUUCUUGAUGUGACUGACUCCAACCAAACUGAGUCCAGUAGCAUCCAAGUGGCGCCAUCUUGUCAAGAACAGAUCUGGUUGUAUUUAUUGGCUUGUUGCUUUGUGAGUUUAAUAGCACUGGUCUUGGUUGAAUGGUUCACAAAGCUACUGCAAGCAAGUUCCUCCAUCAAGGGAAAACCUUCAGAAACAUUUCUACUGUUUUUUGUUUGUUUGUUUUGUUUUGUUUUUUAAACUCAGGUCGAGAAAUAACAAGCGUUGUUUAAAAAGUUUUAUUUUCCCUUUAUUCCCAUAGUUAAAAAUAUUUUAAAACAAAGCAUAUUUUGUUAAUGCAUUUUUAAGAAAAGAAAAUACUGUAUUUUAUUGGAAGUGUUUACAGGUUUACAUGCACGGUCCUUUCAACAGCAAAAGUGAAUCAAAAGAAUCCCUGAAAAAGCUUUAACUCCUGUAGUUUUAUACUUUUAAGGUUUUCUGUCUUUGGUCCUUUAUUCCUUCUAUGCACUACUAUCCCACAACUUCAUGUAAAUUAAUGCGAACUGCAGAACUUAACUCUACUUUCCUUCUACACUACUCUUUUGAGACAGAUGUAGACAAUUAACUUCCACAAGGAAAAAACUGUAAAAAAAAAAAAAACAAAAAAAAAAAAACCAACAAAAAACUGUAAGUCCACCAUGUAUGUGUGAUUAGAGUUUGUAUUUAGAGACUGAAGGACAGAAGUUCACCAUAGCAUCAGCAUCAGUGGAUCAGUGGGAUGUUUGGGAGGCUCAUAUUAGGCCCUCCUUGACCCCUUCAGACUGCUUGCAGUUAGCAGGUUUCAGCGUUCACCCACGUGAAAAGUAAAUGUAGUUUUCUACUUGAACAUAAAUCAUGUGUUGAAUGUCCUUGAGAGGAAUUGGUAUGAAGUGCCCUGGAUCUUUGUAAUAUGGUUUUGAAGUAACCUUGAUUCAAAGCUACUCAUGGAUCUGAGUGGCUUGUUUAGUUAUGAAAGCACACAGGUUCACUGUGUAACCCACUGCCUUCAAUCCCAACGACACUACCCCCAACUCCCCUGUGAUUCCCAUGAAGAGAGACUAUUUCCUAGUUAAAUAAAAAGUAAUCAGGGUAGUUUGUAAGAGGAGGAUAGUUUGGCUUCUAUGCAGUUUCCUCGUAUAAAUUACCACUGCAGGGAGGAAAAAAAAAAUCCACACACAUGACAGUGUAUCAAGCAAUAUUUUCAUUCUUUCUCAAUUCCUUUGGGCUUUGCUAAAACUGACUAGCUGUCUCUGCUCCUCUCUGCAUAUUCUGAAACUAUUGGUGAAGGCAUGGAAAACUGGGCUGUAGCACUUGCCUCAUGUGUAAUAUAUUGAUUAAAGCCUGAAGUGUAGUUCUGGAGAAUGUGAUCAGUGGAUUGGAUUUGUGGAAGCUGCGGCAGUCUGUCUCUGUCUGGUGUAAAUAUUGAUGUGUACUUUGUGCCUAAUUAGGGGGAAUAUUGAGCCAAAAUUCAUAUUUGCCUUGACCAAAACUGCCACAGAAAAUUAGAGGGCAAAUUCUUAUACUUGUUCUAAUGCUGUCACAUCAAGGUACAUUUUAGCAAUACUGUAUGAUUUUAACAUGUCUUCUGGGUAUUUUUCGCAUCUAUUUCUGAAUGGAAAGUAGUGAGCCUUGGAAGAACACAGAAAGAACACAUAUGUGGAAACCUUCUGAAGUACACAUGUAAAAUAUUACAUAAGACAAGCCAUCAUUUAAACUCAAUUGUUUUUAUCAAACCUGCUCUGAGUUCUCCAACCCCCAGUUCAGUUUAUAAACUUAUAAACCUGUUGAGAAGCAGCCCUACACUUAUCAUUGGUCAGCUUCAGAUCCAAGGCAAAAAAGAAAUGAAAAAUCCCUAACUAUCUCAGUCUGGCAAUAGAUUCUGUCCAGAAUUAAAUGCAAACAUUUACAAAG